AUGCCGGUCUAUCUGCUGCAACGGCUGGUCCAUGCCGUCAUCGUUAUCACGGUGGUGGUGUUCGUCGUUUCGCUCAUCGUCAAGGUGAUCCCGGGCGAUCCCGUCGACGUGAUGUCAGCCGGCAACCCCGGUAUCACCGCGGAGCAGAAGGACAAGCUGCGCGCGCAGCUCGGCCUCACGCGGCCGGUGCUUGAGCAAUUCGCGUCCUAUUUCACCGGGGCCGUGCAGGGCGAUCUCGGCCAGUCGAUCCGCUUCCGCGUGCCCGUCACCCAGCUCAUCGCCGAGCGGCUGCCGGCGACGCUGGAGCUCACCAUCCUCUCGAUGAUCAUCGCCAUGCUGAUCGCGCUCCCGCUCGGCGUCGUCACGGCGCUGCGCCGGGGCUCGAUGGUCGACUACUCCGGCACCGUGGUGGCGAUCCUCGGAGUCUCGAUCCCGAGCUUCGUGCUGGGCAUCCUGCUGAUCAUCGUCUUCGCCGUGGACUUGCGCUGGCUGCCGUCGUCCGGCCGCGAGAGCUUCCGCUAUCUCCUGCUGCCCUCGAUAGCGCUCGCGCUCUCGAUCACGGCGUGGAACGCGCGGCUCACGCGCUCGGCCAUGCUGGAGGCGCUGGGGCAGGACUAUGUGCAGUUCGCCCGCGCCAAGGGGCUGCCCAACCGCGUGGUGUACAUCCGCCACGCCUUCCGCAACGCGAUGAUCCCGACGAUCACGAUCCUGGGUCUGCAACUCGGCUACCUGCUCGGCGGCACCUUCGUGAUCGAGAACGUCUUCGCCUGGCCCGGCAUCGGGCGGCUGGCGGUCCAGGCCAUCUUCUGGCGCGACUACCCGAUCAUCCAGGGCAUCGUGGUGGUGAUCGGCGGCCUCUUCGUCCUCAUCAACAUCGGAAUUGACGUGAUCUACCGCAUGGUCGACCCACGGAUCCGCUAUGGCCGCGCUUGA